AGUUUCAAGUAAACAAACGCGACGCGUGCAGUUUAUGCAUUUUCAAUCGUUUGAAAAAGUGUUAAAAUCUCUGAAAAAUCCUGGAAAAUCCUGCCCAAAGGAUGUGUGAAAGUGAUCUACAACCAAUCUACUUGCAAUUUCAGCAGUUAUCUCAGUUUUUCGAUAAGAAUCUCGAUGGAGAGAAGCUGUCUGAUAUUGUGUCGUCGGAAGACGCUUCUGAGCAAUUGGGGUCCCUAGAUCUCGUUAAAAAUGCAAAAAAUGACCCUAAAUGCACUUCUAUCCUCCUUGAGAUGUGCUCAGAGAUGAGAAAUAUCCGGAAUUAUGUGCACUUUGAGCGAUCAGAGAGUGAAAACAGUGAAAGGGAACUGUGCACAGUUUCCUGGGAUAAACUUAUCAAGAAGGUCUCUAAGGAGUCCUUCCUGAACUUCAUUCAGUGCAUGAUUAGUCUCUUGGGAGUCAGUUUGGAGGACAAAGUAUCCCGGAAGUUGGCAAUUUUAGCUGCUGAUUGUUUUGUGUUGACCUUGGUGAUUCCAGGAGCGAAAAGAUGUGGUGUCUUUGACGAGAGUUUUCUCCAGAUAAUUUCCAAUUUUCCUAAGCACUUGGAAUCUGAGAAAUUGUCUAAGCACGAGGCUGGGGAAUUUAAGAUAUCUCUUCUGACGAUACUUGAGGACUUGCAGUUUCUCUUCAAGCAUGUGUCUUUGGAGGAGUUUGAGGAUCUCAGGACGUCUAUUUGUAUGUCAAUGAAAAAUCUCAUACUGUUCUACUACCAAAGUGGCUACAAGAAUACCUCUGAUUGCAGCUUAACGAAGAAAGCUUAUGAGGUACUGAAGGAUCUCUGUUGUCCCCUUCAUGGGGACAUCACUAAGAAUCUGUCAAAGAUUUUUUCCCUUACGUCUGUGCUGCAUAAUCACUCACCAACUGGCACCCGGAAUACUUUAGAGAAGGAUCUUUUGCAUGGUGAUAGCAUUUCUGGCUUUUUCAUUUACCUCUUAGAACAAUUCCCCACAAAUACAACCCAAGUUCUGACUAAUUUUAUCGAGUCCACCCUGUCAAAUCCCGAAGAAAAUAUCCGGGCUGAGCAGUACAGUGCUACUCUUGAUAUUGCCCAGAAGUACGAGAGGGCAAUUUUUGAGAAAUGCAACGUCUCAAUUGUUCCCUAUUUAGAAAAGAUUGUCUGCAGUGAGGAUGCCAAUCAACGAGCUAAUGGGACAGAUUUCCUGGCUAGAAUAGCCAUGGUUGAUUGCCAAUUGAACUGGAAUCUCUUCCAGAAUGAAAUCUCGAAGAUUCCUCGAGAGAUCCUGAUUAUAAAAUUGCUUCUGCAGAAGACAAUUGAUGUCAAUAAUAAUGUUAAGAUGAAAGCUCUGUCUGGGCUUACAAAGAUCUUCAGCGGUGGAAAUAGAAAUGCCCAGAAAAUUCUACGGGCUGUUUUUAAGCAUCCUCCGGAAAGGGAUGAAGAAAUUUCGGGUCUUGAGGAACUUGAAGAAAUCGCUGAAGAUUUCCCAAAUUAUCUCUAUCACUUGCUAGAGAAUAACCUGGCACAUGUCAGGAAGUAUUCCCUGGGAUUGCUAGAGAAUCUUGUAGCUUGGAAUGAGAAACUUCUGGACAAUGAGUUGUUCUUUGAAGAAAUGACAAGAUUGGUAGAGGAUUCUUCGUCUCUCGUGCGAAAGCAAAUUGUUCUCACCCUGAGCACCCUAAUGAAGACGUAUCCGCAGAAGGAGACGGUCAUCAAGGGUUGGACAAAGUGUAUUUUGAGAUUGAUGAGGGACAGUGAUUCGAAGAUUGUCGAUGGAGCAAUGGAGAGUCUCAAAGUGGUGAUUUUUGACAAUAUCGAGCGCCAUGAGGAUUCUUCAACAAAUGCUGCCCAGAUGCCCUGGAUCACGCUGAGGACAAUGAUGCAGCAGGAGCAUCGUGGAGUCCUCCGGAAUGCCAUGGAUUCAUGGAUCCGGAAUAGUAUUGUCACUCAGAAAACUCUCUCAAUAAUCGAGACUCAUACAAACACAGAAAAUGCCACGGAAGCUUGGCUACUACUUUCUCUAGUGGCUGCCAGGAUGCGUAGCAAGAAUCCAGACAUUGUCGUAACAGCCUUCAUCAACACCCUCCAGGACAAUGGACAAUCCGGAAAUCCCGUCAAUCAGCAUUUUAUGCUGGAAAUUAUCAAUGCCUGGAUGACUCAUUUCAGCCGAGCCACGCUCAAUAAUCUCUACAUUGUCAUCCAGAAGCAUCUAUCAGAGGGAAAUCUACCCACAUCCCUUGUUUCUCCCCUCUACAAUGUCUGCCUGAAGCUGAGGCAGUGUGCAGGGAAGGAGCAUGACCGGGAAUGGAUUAAUACGCUCAAUGCCAUUGCCGAGGACUUCAUUUGGACCCAUAGGCUUCAGCUAUCAAGCGAAGGCUGGGAAAUCAAUCAGAAGAUGAUUAAUUUCCUCUACAUUUACUCAGAGACCAGCGUGGAUCUCAAUCAGAAGCCACGGCAGGAAUUUCUGGACUUUUUCUAUCGGCUCAUUCGUGAAAGUCGAAUUAUGCAGGACGCCAAUCCAGAUAAAUGCUGCACCUUGGUCAUAUUUAUUACAAGAUUAGCCAUCAGGGACUCUGAUGUGGCAGCUGAAGUGGUUCCGGAAUUGGGAAAACUUCUCAAAAGUACUCGGCACAAGAGUUUGGCCUGCAAUAUCAUUGUUGCUCUCACGGACAUGUGCAAAAAGCACACCACCCUCACGGAACCAAUUAUGCAGGAAGUUGUGUCCAAAUUGAAGGCACAAGUUAGUGUAAUUCGUUACAAAGCCUUGGCCGCCCUAACGAGCCUAGUCAUGCAGGAUUACAUUAAAAUGCGCGGUAGGCUCCUAAUGAACGUCCUAGCAACAAUAGUUGAUCCUUGCCGAUCAAUUGCAAGAGCUGCUGCAGGAAUGGUGCUCAAGUAUGUCGAAGAGAAGAAUCGUCUUCUACUCCAAACGAGCUUCUUGGAAGUCAUUUAUGUAUCCAAUGGAUAUAUGUUCGAGAGAUUUGAGAUUUUCAGUUCGGUUGAGAUGGAUAAUGAGAUUUGUCCCCUUCAGGGAAAAUCUAAGAGGCAUUUGAGGCUUUUACUGUAUAGAUUCUUUCUGCAGAAUCUCAAUGAUCUCCAGUUGUUGAUGUUCCUGAAUAAUGUUUCGGCUAUUCAGGAGAAAAUUUACAAGGAUGCUUUUAUUAAGACUCCUGAGAGCAUUGAGGCUCUUCAGGAUCUGUUGGAGGUUUUUACGAGGAUUUGCGAAUUUAAGUCCUGGACAAUGCUAAAGAGUGGUGGAAAAAAUAAAGAUCCCGAUGAUCUGCCAGAUGAUGAGGAGGAAGAUAUUCCAGUACCUGAAAAAACUCCCGAGGAAGGUGCUGCUGAGACUGACAUUGGAAAUCUCAAGCUAGCUAUUCCAGUUCUGGACAAGAUGGUGUCUAUUUUACCGAAAUUUGUGACGAGAGUUGUGGGAUUUGAUGCUGCGCUAAAGGACAAAGUUGAUGUCUUCUGUGAGGCAGUCUGUGAUAAUUUUAAAUCCUUUGUGGAAUAUGCUCAACCUGAGAAGUUCUGGAAGAAGUAUCGGGAUGGGAAACGACCAAAGAAGGGAGCAACAGAACAGAGAGAGAAAUUGGUGAUUUUUGAGGAAGAGGCUGAAGAUUUUUCUCUGUGAGUGUGUCUUUAUUUUGUCAUUGAGUCUUGAGGAAUUUCCUCCAGAUGCCACCGAGAAUGCCAACAUGGCACAUGUGCAGGAGUAAA